AUGAGCCGAUCGCCGCGGCGCAUCAGAGGGAAGAGGCCGGCCGCCAGCCUUUCGUUGCGCACGCUGGUCAUCAACUUGGACCGCCGCAAAGACCGGUGGUCAGGCCUUUGCGCGCGCCUGCGGGAGGUGAAACUCCUGGAGCCCGGAGAGGUGGAGCUGAAGAUUGAGCGUCUGCCAGCUACCGAUGGUGUCUCGGAGGAGGUCCCUGUGUCUGCAGUGGGCCUGUCUUGGGACACCACCCGCAACGCCAAGUACGACGGUCGGUCAGGAUACUGCGGCGGCGUGGAGCUGCGAAUGACGCCGGGGGAGCGAGGCUGCGCCAUGUCCCACGUGCGCGCCUGGCGCCUGGUGGCCGCCGCGUCCAGGCCAGUGCUGAUCUUGGAGGACGACGCCGUGUUGGGGAAGAGCUUUGCCAAGCGCCUCAAGGUGAAGCUGCGGGAGGCGGAGGCGCUGGAGGCGGAGGCGCUGUACCUGGGCCACAUCAACGGAGCGCCGUGGAGGCAGAAGAAGAGGCCUGGGCUCUAUGAGGCGGAGUACCUUUGGACGACUGUCGCCUACGUCCUUUGGCCCCAUGGUGCGCAGAAGCUUCUUGAGCUGCUGCCGGUGGACGAACCGGUGGACAACUUCUUGGGGUGGCAGAUGGCGGAAAGGCGGCUCUUCGCACUGGCAGUGGUCCCGGAACUCGUGACCCAGGACGGAGCCGGACGGAGCCGGAAGAAUUCGGGUCGAUAA